UUGUUUUACUUCCUCCUUUUUUUGAAAUGGCUGCCCAGUCGUGGACGUGGUUUAUUUUGUUUCCAGCAGUUAUUCACUGCUACAAUAACAUAUGUGUACCAAAUAAAUGUACAGCAACACAGAGCUCUACAAGAGGUGCUUUAAGAGCAGAUAAAGUGAUCGACGGGGAUAACCUUCAGUUCUUCAAUAGGUGCUCACAUACAGCUGAAAACGAAACAGGGCCAGCAUGGGUUAUGGUGGACCUUGGAAAAAAAUAUAGACUGAAAAACGUAACAAUCUUUUAUAGAAAUGAUGGAACCGAUGAAAAGGACUGGAAACCCUACCGGUUUAGGAAAUAUAGCCUAGAAGUAUUCAAUGCAUCUGAUACUCAAGACUGGACACAAUGUCACAAAGAUAACACGCCAGAUGAAACAGUACCUCCAAGCAUACAGAAUAUUUCUUGUGAAAUGACAGCAAGAUUUAUCAGAAUUAUAACAACGUACGAUGCUCCUGAAAAUCAUGAACAUGGAAUUGCAGGUGCUAUCCUUGAAAUAUGUGAAAUAAAAAUUUAUGGAUGUGAAAUCGGUUAUUAUGGCCCAGACUGUACGUCAUGUAAAAAUUGUGAAAACUGCGAUAUUGUAGCCGAUUGUGAAUGUCCAAAAGGAUUCUACGGAAGAAAUUGUAGUCAAUCGUGUGGACAUUGUGCAAACGAUGUAACGUGUGACAAGGUGACAGGUGCCUGUCUCUCCGGAUACUGUGAACCAGGAUGGAGGAAUGAUAAAAGAUGUGAUCUAG